CACGUCCGCUAAUCACAGAUCAUCCUUGUUCCUGUUAACGCCGAUCGUCGAUUUACUUUCAUGCGUCCGCGCAGAUCUCAUCGUACCAGUGAGCAGAGCUAGCAACACCGUUAACAACAAUUUAGCCUCAGCAGCGGUUGCAACGUUCAACCCCUCUACGAGUACAAGCACGAAUCUUACCAGUGCUAUGAACACCUCCGGAACCUUGUCUGUGGGUGCGAUGGGCGCCCCCGGCUUGUCCAACUAUAUCUCAUGUAAUGGUUACGAUCGCUUAAUCUUAGCAGAUGCGGAAGGCAACAACCGGUGCCUCGUAUGUAACUACACCGUCAAACACCGUCGCAACAUUUAUCGGCAUAUUUUGACGCACACUGGCGAUAAGCCCUUCCAGUGCGAACUGUGCAGUUUUAGGAGCUCGAGAAGCGAUAAACUAAAGCAUCACGUGAAAACAAAACACUUCCAGGAGUGCGCAGGAGGCACCCCAGGGGCAGCGGCGCCAAUCGAUAGAAGCGCCGUACCGGUGGGCGGCGUGCAGGAGCAGCUCGGACUUUCUGGCCUAGCCGGAAUUGGCAACCUCGCAGGUCUCAGCGGGCUUCUUCCUGGCGUCAACAAUGAGAAUAUCCCGUGCGGAGAAAGCAAUAAUAAUAAUAAUAAUAGCCAGAACAAUAAUAAUAAUAACUCUAUACAGAUUUUACCUAUUGAUUAGAAGACGAAUGGUACAGAAUAAUGAGCACCACUACGACGAAGGUGUUAAACAUUUCAGACAUUACGGUAGCUUAAACAACAGGUAUAUAGGCUAUAAGCAAGCCUCUCAUGUGCAACGUUGCGCCACGAGUCCUCUAUGCGCUCACACGAUACAUUUAUAUUAACACUGAUGCAUAUAAAUGAUUUCCCUUGAACACACGACGCACCAAAUUUCGCGCUAGCUAAUGACAACGGUUAUAAUUUUUGGCAGGAUAAAGCAAAUUUCCUGCCGAUAUGUUCAGACGUCUCGUAUGUGCAACCCGUUAAAUAUAAGGCUCAAUUAAACGAUGUUAUUUCAAUUAAUUUACAAAAAAAAAAAAUUAUCAACACGACAUGUCUGAACAUCUAAAGGAUGUAAGAUGUACCAUUCAUUCACUAUUGGAUAGUAUUAGUGAAGUUCAUGCUUCAUAGUACGGCACCUCAUCGCAUAGUUACAGGGACUUACCGCAAUUCUAUGAAAAUGGAUGAUCUCAUCUCUUUUGUUGUUAUAUUCCUUCAAAAACUGUUUAUGAUCACGGUCUAUCGUUGACUCACUGCUAUAGUAUAGUUUUAGGGUUGACGAUGCUACCUCUACGUACUAAGACUCGCUAACUGGAAUAUUAAUCUGAUCGGUAUCGCGUUUCUGUAAAAUGUGUGUAUUAGUCAACUAAAAAUUGAGCGUAUCUAUAGCGAGUCAUUGCACCGAAGAAGCCGUUCGUAAAGCAAAGGCCGGCCAGCACGUUAAUUGAAGGACGUACGAUUACGCUCAACGACAAUUCCCCUAGGACAAUCUCCUUGAUCUCAUUGUCACUCGUUACCUAAAUGGAACUACGUGCUGAGCCUGGUUAGUGUGUUCAUGCUAACUGUCUAUUGCUACAUGUUUAUGAUAUGAUCCAGCGGCUACUACUACCAAAUAUAUUUAGGUUCGUACGGAACCUUUAGAAAAAAAAGUUCCUCUCGCACUGAAGUUUUGUUUUGUACUCUGCCUUAAUGGGCCACCGUACAAAAAUAAGCGUACAGCUUCAGAGUAUUUUUCGGUUAAUUGUUUCUUCGUAUCUUUCAGCCUUGAAUAGGGUUCGGAUGCCCGUGGAAAAGAAGCCAAAAUGAGUUGAAAACAUUUUUAACCCUUUACAUAGGUACAGCAACAUCAAAAGUUGAUGCAAUGAUCUCAGCCACUCAGCGCAGCGAUGUAGGCCAUGUUAUGUCACGGAAAGAAGAGCAGUUUUAACUUAACGGAUAACUUAGUCGGCCUUUGGGUCACAUAUUCUCGAGUUACAUAUAUCCUAACAGACUGUGUGGCCUCGACAAACGACGUAUUGUCAACAUUUAUAUAUAUAUAUAUAUAUAUACAUAUAUAUAUAUAUAUGAGUUCGAAAGACUAAGAUUUAUGAGAAGGUGACAUUUACGAAGCAAUUUUAUUGUGCCAAAUGAUUCAUUGUGUACAACGUUUCUAUGACUAUAUGUGGACAUAGAACCCGUCAGCACUAUUCAGGGUACACUUACUAUAUAUGCAGCAUCAGAAAGUAGAAUUGUACGGGUUUAUAUAUAUAUAUAUAAAGUUCGUGGACCUGACUGUGCCUCAGGAGGAGCCUAACAAGCCGGCCACCUGUAGUUUGCGAUACGUGUUAUUUCCAAUGGACGAACUGUAUUUAUAGGCAUGUAUAUGUAUUGUCAAUAAAAGGCGAGCAGCACAACCGCAUUGUCACCUAAUAUCUCAUUUUUACCAUAAUAAUUUUAUAUAUUUCAUAAAAACACGCUUAGGAAAAAGCGGAUAAAGAUUCAGAGUAAAUAUCUGUAAUGUAGUUGACGAUAUAUAUAUAGGUGGUAAGUAAGUAAGUAAGGAAGAUAAUUUUCCUAUGUUUUCUCAGGGAUUCUUAGGCUUUCAACAAUCGAGCAAUUUAUGUACUCAAUUUGGAUGAUUAACGAUACAGGUUCUCGUUACAGGCAAAUGGUAAGCCGCGGGUUCCUAUUAAAUUAGUAUGGAUACUACGUUAAUGAGUAACGUUUGGAUGUCAAAAUCGAUAAGGCGAAACGAUUAAAUGCGUCGUCUGCUGAAUGAGCGCCAUCUUGAAAAUUUGACUUUUUUUCGAAAGAGUUAACAAAACAGCGCCGACUGAUGCUGGACGCUUGCCCUGUACCAGUAAACGGUUGCGUGUAGACCUUUCUGAUUUUUCGAAAUACAGCCGGCCGUGAAUCGUCAAGUUGAUAGUCAUAGUUAAUUCCUAUCAGUGAUGUAUGUUACAAUAAAGAGAUGUAGUGAAGAUCUGAAUCGUUCCAACGUACAUUAUUAGCCUGCCUGUAUAAAACCGUAUAUAUAUAUAUAUAUAUAGUGAGUCUGAAACCAACAAAAAUCCACCAUUUUAGCGUAUCAGUUCACGUAUAGAAAAAGCUUUCGCAUAGCAGCACAGUCCGUUCCAGAGUGGCCGAGACCCAGAGUCACCGUUCUGUAAAUCACUAUUACAGUGUUCCUGUCUACAAUCGCUCCAUUAGAUCGCCAAACGGGAGAAGUAGUCAGCAUAAGAUCACCCGUACCGUUGGACAGUCUUCCGCGACCGGUUGUGGGUGUUUCCGUUGUAGCAACCUCGUUCGGACCAGGCACGCCACAGGGUCGC